CCACCAUCCGCGUUGUCCCCAUCCCCAUUGUCCCCGUUGUCUCCAUCUCCAUUGUCCCCAUCAUCUGCAUCUCCACCAUCCACGUUGUCUCCAUCCCCG